UGUAAAUGUGCUUUUAUCGAGUGUAUCGUUAAUCCAAAGAUUAAAUUAUUAGAAAAGAUAAAAAUGUAUAUAUGCAUCGUAUGUGUUAGGCGUGAUAAAUAAUAAAUCAUCGGCUACCCGGGAAAAGAUGUACCAUGUUGGUAUACACAUUCAUAUUUAAAUAGUAAUACAAUUAAAAAUGGCGCUUCAAGUUCGAAUAUAAAUAUUAAUUCAAGUAUAUGUAUGAUCGGACAGUGUGAUUUUUAUCAAUUUCUUUGAAAUAUCAAUUUAAUAGGAUGGCUACGGCAAUUGUAAAACGCAAAGCAGAUACCCAAAUUCCAGCGGAGGAGAGUGAUUUACUUCUUAUUCGACCACUUGGAGCUGGUCAGGAAGUCGGUCGAUCUUGCAUAAUGUUGGAAUUCAAAGGGAAGAAAAUAAUGCUCGAUUGUGGAAUACAUCCGGGCUUGAGUGGAAUGGAUGCCUUACCCUUUGUCGAUAUAGUUGAGGCAGACGAAAUAGAUUUAUUAUUGAUUUCACAUUUUCACUUGGAUCAUUGCGGAGCGUUACCCUGGUUUUUACAAAAAACUAGUUUUAAAGGUAGAUGUUUUAUGACACAUGCGACAAAGGCCAUUUAUCGAUGGCUAUUAUCGGAUUAUAUCAAAGUCAGCAACAUUGCCACGGAACAAAUGCUUUAUACGGAAGCAGAUUUAGAAACAAGUAUGGAUAAAAUAGAAACCAUCAAUUUUCACGAGGAGAAGGAUGUGUAUGGAAUUAAAUUUUGGGCCUAUAAUGCUGGCCACGUAUUAGGAGCAGCGAUGUUCAUGAUCGAAAUAGCAGGUGUAAAGAUUUUGUAUACCGGGGACUUUAGCCGUCAAGAAGACAGGCAUCUCAUGGCCGCGGAAAUACCAAAUGUCCAUCCCGACGUGCUUAUAACCGAGUCCACCUACGGAACGCACAUUCACGAAAAGCGAGAGGAUCGAGAAGGUCGUUUCACGAAUCUCGUCCACGAGAUCGUGAAUCGUGGCGGCAGAUGCCUCAUCCCCGUGUUUGCCCUCGGUCGAGCCCAAGAGCUUCUCCUAAUCCUCGACGAGUAUUGGAGCCAACAUCCCGAGCUCCACGAGAUCCCGAUAUAUUACGCCUCAUCGCUGGCAAAGAAGUGCAUGGCCGUGUAUCAGACCUACGUGAACGCCAUGAACGACAAGAUUCGCAGACAAAUAGCUAUAAACAAUCCUUUCGUAUUCAAGCACAUAUCAAAUCUCAAGGGCAUCGACCACUUCGACGAUAUCGGGCCCUGCGUCGUCAUGGCAUCGCCGGGUAUGAUGCAGAGCGGCCUGUCGCGCGAGCUCUUCGAGUCCUGGUGCACGGACGCGAAAAACGGCGUUAUCAUUGCCGGUUACUGCGUGGAGGGCACCUUGGCAAAGACAAUAUUAUCGGAGCCCGAGGAGAUAACAACGAUGAGCGGUCAGAAGCUGCCCUUAAAGAUGUCCGUCGAUUACAUAUCGUUCUCCGCGCACACUGACUACCAGCAGACCUCGGAGUUCAUCCGCAUUCUCAAGCCGCCCCACGUCGUUCUCGUCCACGGGGAGCAGAACGAGAUGGGCAGGCUUAAGGCCGCCCUCCAAAGAGAGUACGAGGACGAUCCGAGCACCGCUAUGGAGAUUCACAAUCCUCGCAACACCGUGGCCGUGGAGCUCUACUUCCGUGGCGAGAAGACGGCCAAGGUGAUGGGUGCCCUGGCCAUGGACACGCCCAAGCCCGGCCAGAAGCUAUCAGGGGUCCUGGUCAAGCGUAAUUUCAAUUACCAUAUGCUCGACCCUUGCGACCUCUCCAAGUACACGGACAUGAGUAUGAGCCAGGUCGUGCAGCGUCAGAGCGUCUACUACUCGGCUUCGCUGCCGACCCUCAAGCACCUCCUCACGCAGAUCGCCGGCAACCUCGACAUCGUCGACGAUAAGAAGCUCAGGGUCUUCAAGAACGUUGACAUUACCAUCGAGGGGAAAAUCGUGACGAUGGAGUGGCUGGCAACACCCGUUAACGACAUGUACGCGGAUGCGGUCCUCACCGCCCUUCUUCACGCCGAGACUAUGGACAGCAAUCCGAAGAUGCUCACCGCACCCUCGAAAAUGGACCGCAUGCAUUUCAAGGAGUGCCUCAUCGAGAUGCUGCAGGAGAUGUUUGGCGAGGACUCGGUGCCAAAGAUAUUCAAGGGUGAGAAGCUGUACGUGACGGUGGACGGGAAGAAGGCGCACAUCGACUUGCUCAGCCUGGACGUAAGCUGCAAGGAGGACGAGAUAUUCCAGCAAAUCGUCCAGACCGCCGUUACGAAGCUUCACCAGUCGCUCGCGCCCCCCACCGACACCUCCUAGUUUUAAUGCCACUUUUAUAUUUAUUAAAUUUCUACCUCCACCAUUUUACAUCGAGACCCCGUCUAAAGAGCGCGCACUAUCAAGUUGGGACUUAUUGGCUCUAUAACCAAUAGGGUGGUGUGAGUGCCUUAACGGCCUGGGCUGGACAUUACAGGAACGAACGUUUUAACAUUGUUCGCGCUUCGCUACUACACUGCGCAAGAGCAUCGUCGUCGGUUUAUUUAACUUCGCUCCUCGUCAUUUUACUUACCCCCGAAACUUUUAAAGAUUCACACACUGUGGGGAAAGGUUUUCCGUUUCGUUCGUUAAUCUUGCGCGAUCCCCCGGUUUGUUAUUUUUUUCUUCAUUUUGUUUU